AUGAGAGCUGCAAGAUAUUACGGAAAGGAAGAUAUCAGGAUCGAACAGGUUCCAGAGCCACCAUGUGGCCCUAAUCAGAUCAAGAUUGCCCCGGCAUUCGUCGGUAUCUGCGGGACUGACCUCCACGAAUACCUAGGCGGCCCCAACUUCUGCCCCUCUUCUAGGCAUCCCGUCACAGGCGAUCAGAUCCCCGUGACCCUUGGCCAUGAGUUCUCCGGCAUCAUCAAAGAGAUAGGCUCAGAUGUCAAGCAGGAGCAUCUCAAAAUCGGCCUUCCUUGCGCCGUGCAGCCCACGAUUUACUGCGGUAAGUGUGCUGCCUGCAAGGCCGGUGCCGAGAAUGCUUGCCACACCGGCGGCUUCAUCGGACUCAGCGGCUGGGGUGGCGGCCUGAGCGAGGCGGUAUCGGUGCCCGCGGAUCAGGUCUUCCCUUUGCCCGAGGGCAUCCCUCUCGAGCUGGGUGCCUUGGUGGAGCCGCUUUCGGUGGCUUGGCAUGCCGUCUCUGCCACUUCCGUCACCUCCGAGUCCAACGUUUUGGUGAUGGGAGGCGGUCCGAUCGGGCUCGCUGCUGUCCUGUGUUUGAAGACAAAGGGAGUAACGAAUAUCAUGGUUGCAGAGAUUGCCACGGCCCGGCAAAAAUUCGCGAAGGAGUUUGGAGCAGCGCAUAUCAUUGAUCCCAAGAGCCAAGAUGUUAUGGAGGAGGUGAUGAAGAUCACUGGUGGCAUUGGCGCUGACGUCACACUCGACUGCGCAGGGGUACCGGCCAGUGUGAAAGCUGCAUGCAUGGCUGUCAAGACACGCGGCACGGUCAUCAAUGUUGCAAUCUGGGAGAAGGAAGUCCCUUUCAACCCGAAUUGGGUAACGUGGAGAGAAAGCUCGUAUAAGUCCGUACUUGGAUACCAGAAGAAAGAUUAUCAAGCCGUGAUUGAGAACUUGAGAACAGGGUGGCAUUUAGGAGCCCUGAAGCCUGCCUCCAUGAUCACCAGAAAGAUUCCUUUGGACGAUCUUGUAGAGCAUGGUAUCAAGGCAUUAAUUACGGAUAAGGACAACCAAGUCAAAGUUUUGGUUGAUGUUGGCGCUUCUCUAUGA